AUGGCCUCCAACUCGCGAUCCGGGGCUGGUUCUCCGUCGCACGACAUGCCCGGCUCCAGCAGGCUCUACUCGAAAAGAGCAAGAGAGAUUCAAGCUCAGGAAGGCAUCCCUGGCCUGCCCAUUAAUCCAUGGGGCGGCCCUCCCACCAGCGGCAACUCGACGCCCCUCCGCGAGAACAUUCCCGAAUCACCCACCGAUGGUUUCCCCGACUUCGCCCAACUGCCAACGCCCGAUAGCAUGCCUCAGACUCGAAGAGCCCGAGCCGGUACCGUGCCGUCUCGCUUCUCCCCCGGCGGGCCUCCGGGCGGUCUCUUAAACGUCCCAAGCCUGGCGGUCAAGUCUGCGCGAGCCACUCCGUCUCAAACGCCAUUCAACAAGUCGCCCUCCCCGGGCCUGGAGCCCCCCGACAGCUCGUCGGGAGGCUCGGCCCUCCUAUCUCGUCUGCGGGCUGGAUCCAUGCCCCAGCGCAGUCCCUUCUCCGCCAUGCCUGGCACAACCUCUCCCUUCGGUCCGUCCAUCUUCAGCAGCUGGAAUCCAGCUGGUGUCGGCCGUGAGCGAGGUUCCACACUUGCCAGUAUUGCCAGUGUCGGGUCCAAUGGGCCAAGCUCCCCCUCGCAGUCUCACUUCUCCAAGGAAGGGGGGGGGGAGUCGGAUGUGCACAUGCGAACGUUGGACUACCUCGGGUUGGCCGAAACGCCGCAACCCCCUCGAGCUCAACUUGCCACUCCUUACAUGGGCAACCUCGACUACGCGAAGCAGUCCAGCCGCUUCCGGUCCUACUCAGUCAACAACAAGGACAAGUACGCCGAUGACGAGGACGAGUAUGAAGCCGACGGUGUACCCAUGGAGAAUCAGUACGUUGCUGCGCUGCAAGACCAGCUGGCCGCCACAAAUGCUGCCAUUCACAACCACAACCUGGCCGUCCAGGCUUUUGCGAGCCAGGCCUCUGCCACUCGUCCUCGUGCUCGCACUGCCGGCGUCCUCGAGUCCCCCGGUGGCCGCCUCAUGCGCACAUACCUGACCGGCAACACCGCCGUAUCCAAUCCCAUCGCAAACAGUGCCGAGAUGCGAAUGCAAGAUGAAAAGGACUUUGAUGAUCUUCCUCAGGCCAUCGCGGGCAUGAGCCUCGGCAGAUCAAACAGCCGCAAUGCUGGGCUUUUGAGUGCCGAAGAGCAAGGCCUUGAGGGUCCUACGAGUGCCCUCUGGCUCGGAGGCAUUCCGACAUCGACAACCACGUCGACUCUCAUCGAAAUGUUCAAGGCACACGGUCCCAUCUUGUCCGCGCGUGUGCUGACCCAUAAGAAUUGCGGCUUUGUCAACUUUGAGAGGGUCGAGAGCUCAAUUUCCGCCAAGUCGAACUUGAACGGCAAGGAGAUCUUCCCCGGCGCAGGCCCCAUUCGUAUCAACUUUGCAAAACCUCCUUCGGCGGCAAACACCCCCGGCCACGAUGGCGUACUUCCUUCUCCGAGCCCGGAUCCAUUCGCCAGGGCUCAAGAUUCCGUCCAGGGGGCGGCGCCUGCCAACGCGGACGGACCCCAAGCUCUGGCCCUAGGAAAGACUACUCCCACGGUCCCGCCGCUGCGUGACAUGACCACAGAUAUUGUCGAUAUCGUGGGUCAGUUCGGGGCGUCCGAGGAUGAUAAGCUCCAGACUUCUCGCAGCGUCCAGUCUGCCAUCCAGUACGACACGUUUGUUGAGGAUAUCCCCGCGGUCCGAGAGCCAACUCACACGCGGGUUCACGACGCCCCGAGGCUGAGGGAUAUCCGCAAGCGCAUUGACAACCAGCUUCUGUCUCAGGCAGAAAUCGAGGGCGUUGCCAUGGAAAUGCUUCCAGAAAUCGCAGAACUGUCGUCUGAUUACUUGGGCAACACCGUCGUCCAGAAGCUGUUCGAGCAUUGCACCGACCCCGUACGAGAUGCCAUGCUGGCCGAAAUCGCACCACAUAUGGCUGAGAUUGGCAUCCACAAGAACGGCACCUGGGCAGCCCAGAAGAUCAUUGAUGUGUGCAAGACUCCCGGUCAAAUGUCCGUCAUCGUCGAGCAUCUCCGGCCGUACACUGUCCCCUUAUUCCUGGACCAGUACGGCAACUACGUCUUGCAGGGCUGCCUCAAGUUUGGGACGCCUCACAACGACUUCAUCUUCGAGACGAUGUUGAGCAAGAUGUGGGAGAUUGCCCAGGGCCGCUUCGGCGCUCGCGCCAUGCGGGCCUGCCUCGAGAGCCACCACGCCAGCAAGAACCAGCAACGAAUGCUCGCGGCCGCCAUCGCCUUGCACAGUGUGCAGCUGGCCACCAACGCAAACGGUGCCCUCUUGCUGACCUGGUUCCUGGACACGUGCACAUUUCCUCAGCGACGCACCGUUCUGUCUCCCAGGCUCGUGCCGUGCCUUGUUCACCUGUGCACCCACAAGGUCGCCUAUCUCACCGUCCUCAAGGUGAUAAAUCAGAAGGCCGAGGCCGAGGCCCGCGACACGAUCCUCAAGUCUCUCUUCUUUACCCCCAACGAUCAAGUCCUGGAGGCCAUCCUCAACGACAACGCGUGUGGCUCUACCCUGAUCUUCAAGGUCUUGACGACUCCCUUCUUUGAUGAGAGCAUCCGAAGCCAAGUCGUAGACAACGUCAAGAACGUGCUUGUCAAAAUCAAGGCCCAGCCGGGGCAGGGCUACAAGCGUCUUAUGGACGAGGUUGGGCUUUCGACAAGGACCGCCGGGCCUAAUCGUGAGGCCAACGCACACCCGGAUCAACGACAGCGCCCAACUUCGAGACAAGCCGGCAUCAAUGGCCAACACCCGCAGCAAGGCCACGGCAGCAAGGCCUUCUUUAACCCCCUCAACCCCACGACCAAUGCUACCGGUUUUGAUCCAUAUAACCAAGGCAUUGUGUACGGCGCACCGACGGGGCCCGUUGCCCCAGCGCCCGGGUACGGAGGCUACGGCACUCCCGGGCCCGCGGUGGACCAGUUUCGCCAGCAGAACAUGCCAAACGGAAGCCCCAUUCAACCUCCCUCGACCCAAGUCCCUCAAAUGCCCGGCGGCCAGGCCCCCUAUGGUCCACCAGGGUUCGGCUUGCCCAUGGGUAGCCCGUAUGGAUAUAGCGGCAUGGGGGGCAUGCAGAGCAUGGGCUACAUGCAGCAAGAACAGGCCAACGCUAGGCGGGGCCGCAGAUGA